CGCUCCUGUAGAGGGAAGAAACAAGGUGGCGGUUGAAGGCGAUCUUGAGUGGGGCCCCAGCAAUUCGGUUGAGCCUUCUCCCUCCACCCGCUUCCGCCGGCCGGGCCCCUCCCGCCCGGCCCCUCGGGCCUCCCAACCCGGCCCCGGCGCUCCCCACCGCCGCCACUGCGCCUGGCCCUCCCCGUCUGCUUUCCCUUCUCCCGCCGCCUGGGCUCCAACAAGAGGGGCCGGCGGGGCAGGCCGACCAAGCAGCCCGCGGCUCCCGCUGCGGAGCGCUGCGCCCCGGCCCCGCCGCCGCCGCCCACGUCCGGACCCAUCGGGGGCUCCCCUCGCCGAUAAGCGGUAGUAGCCGGGGCAGGUGGGCAGCCGCCAGGCUGAGGUGGCGCCGAAGACGCGGCUGAGCUCGCCCAGGGUGGGCAGCAGUAGCCGGAGGAAGCCACCGCCGGCGGCCCGCCCCGCGCCGGCACCAGCGCACCGGCCCAGCGGGGGCGCGGUGGCAGCCACCUAGCCCGGACCACCGCAGCCCGGAGGGCUGUCAACAAAGUGGUGUAUGAUGACCACGAGAGCGAGGAGGAGGAGGAAGAGGAGGGGGGCGGCGAUGCCGAGGAGACCCAGGAGUCUGAGGACAACUAGGAGGAUGACAUGGAGGAGGACGACGAUGACUCCGAUUAUCCGGAGGAGCUGGAAGAUGACGACGAGGACGCCAGUUACUCCACGGAAAGCAGCUUCAGCAGCACUCCAGAUUUGGUGUUCAUCUAACAAUCUGCCUAACCCAGAUCUUGCCAGACUUUUUCUGUAAAAGGUCAGAUAGUAAAUAUUCAGCCUUGCUGUCCCUGUUGCAGCUCUGCCAUUGUAGCAAUGAAAGCAGUCAUAGACAAUACAAAGUGGUAAAAUAGCUGUGGAGUGCAGACCCAGUGAAGAGAUUGUAGAUGUCAGAUGGGAAGAACUACACAGUUUAAUUCAAGUCAGUUGCUCUCCCCUGAAGGAAGAGUAUUCUCGGAUUUCACCUCAGAGGAGGAAGAAUUCAGGCUGCCAGAACUGGACUAGCACUUCUGAAGAUCCCAAGGCCAGGUCCAGUGACUUCCUUGGGAAGCUCUGCCACGCCCCCACCCCACCCCACCCCAUCACAGCAGGCCGCUGGUGCCCCAGCUCAGCCCUUAAUGUCCCCUGAGCAGUUUCAACAUUUGAAAGACCAGCAAGACAUUAUAAUUCAGCAGCUAAAUAGACCUGAAAAUUAUGAACCUCUUCCAGUCCAUAAAGAGCCCACAACUCAGCCUCCAACUCAGCUCUCCUCAGACUUUGAAAAUUCACCGAAUGAUGAAGCAAUAGGUUCACCUCCAGAUGUGUCAUAUCUAGAUCUAGAUAGGGAGCUUACCAAACCUACAGCAGUCACUAUGGGGGUAGAACCUUCUCCAGUCGAGCAGGACCACCCUUCUAUUCCCACUGAGCAGGCUGACUUUUCUCUAACCCAGCCUGAUCUCCCUUCCCCACCUCUGCAUUCUCCUGAGAAGAUUGAAUCUCCAGUCCACCAAGAGGCUACAGCUCAGACUCCAGAUCCCCCUAAGGAGGCGGAACCUUCUCCAGUCCAGCAAGAGUUCCCAGCUGAGCCACCAGAGCCCCCUAAAGAGGUUGAACCAUCUGCAACCCAGCAGGAAGCCUCAGGUCAUCCUCGGAAGUCCACUGAAGAGGUCAGUCCUCCACCACAGUGGGAGAUACCAACUCAGCCAUCAGAGCCACCUGAGAAGGCUGAACCAUCUCCAGUCCUACAGCAGGCCCCAACUCGGCUUUUAGAGCCACCUAAAGAGGUGGAAUCCUCUCCAGUCCAGCAGGCAGUCCCUGCUCAGUCUUCAGACCCCGCUAUGGUGAUAGAACCCUCUCUGACCCAGCAGAUGGCCCCAUCUUUGCCUCCAGAGUUCCCUCAGGAGGUAGAACCAUCUGUAACUCAGCAGGUGGUUCCAGCUCAGAUUCCAGAGUCCCCUGUGGAGGCAGAACCUUCUCUGACCCAGCAGGAGGCCACAGUUCAGGCUCCAGAGUCCCCUAGGGAGGUAGAACCUUCAAGGCAGCAAAUGGUCCCAGUUCAGCUUCCAGAGCCACCUAAGGAAGUUGCAGCUCAACCUCCAGCUCAUUAUGAGGUGACAGUCCCAACACCAGGCCAGGAUCCAGCUCAGCAUUCAACAUUGCCCAGUGUCACUGUUCAACCUUUGGACCUGGGACUUACCAUCAUUUCAAAAUCCAUGACAGAAGUUGAACUUUCUCCAACCAUGCAGGAGACCCCAACUCAGCCUCCUAAGAAAGUUCUACAACAACUUCUGGUAUAUCAAGAGGUAACAAUUCCAACAUCAGGUCAGGAUCAAGCUCAGCAUCCAAUGUCACCCAGCAUUACAGUUCAACCUUUGGACCUGGGACUUACCAUCACUCCAGAAACCACUAUGGAGUUUGAACAUUCUACACCCCUGAAGAGAAUAAUAGUUCCUCCAAAGCACCCUAAGGUGACACUUCCACAUCCAGACCAGGUUCCGACUCAGCAUUCACACCUGACUGAAGCCACAGUUCAACCUUUGGAUCUGGGGCUUACCAUCACUCCAGAAUCCACAACAGAGGUUGAAUCUUCUACAUCCCUGACGACCACAGCUCCUCCUCCAGAACACCCUGAGGUGACACUUCCACCUUCAGACAAGGGUCAGGCUCAGCAUUCACACCUGACUGAAGCCACAGUUCAACCUCUGGACCUGGAGCUUAGCAUAACUACAGAGCCUACUACAGAGGUUAAACCGUCUCCAACCACGGAGGAAACCUCAGCUCAGCCUCCAGACCCGGGGCUUGCCAUAACUCCAGAACCCACUACAGAGAUUGGACGUUCCACAGCCCUGGAGAAGACUAGAGCUCCUCAUCCAGACCAGGUUCAGACUCUGCAUCGAAGCCUGACUGAAGUCACAGGUCCACCUACAGAGUUAGAAUCUUCGCAGGAUUCAUUGGUGCAGUCUGAAACUGCACCAGAGGAACAGAAGGCCUCCACAAGCACCAACAUAUGUGAGCUCUGCACCUGCGGAGAUGAAACUCUGUCAUGUGUUGGUCUCAGCCCAAAGCAGAGGCUCCGCCAAGUGCCUGUGCUAGAGCCCGACACCUACAAUGGCAUCUUCACCACCUUAAAUUUCCAAGGAAACUAUAUUUCAUACAUUGAUGGAAAUGUAUGGAAAGCAUACAGUUGGACCGAGAAACUAAUUCUCAGUGAAAAUUAUUUGACUGAAUUACAUAAGGAUUCAUUUGAGGGCCUGCUAUCCCUCCAGUAUUUAGAUUUAUCCUGCAAUAAAAUACGAUAUUUUGAAAGACAUACAUUUGAAUCACUACCAUUUUUGCAGUAUAUAAAUCUGCGCUGCAAUUUAAUUACAGAACUGAGCCUUGCAACAUUUCAGGCGUGGCACGGAAUGCAGUUUUUACACAACUUGAGGCAUGAGGAGGUGAGAGAUGGAAAGAAUGCUGUCUGUCAUUUGGAGUCAGAAGGAAAAGAAGGUUGAGGGUCUGCCAGCUCUGCUCUAGUGGUUUUUUCCUGUUUCACCUUUUACAAAAUCGAGAUAAUCGUUUCUACUUGGUAGCGAUAUUGUGAGGUGUAAAAUGGAUUAAUACAUGCAAAAUGCUUAAAGCAA